UCCCCCAUUGUCCGGAUCUUGCCGGGAGUCGUCUUGCGGCUGCAUUGAAUUCUCGCUGUAUUGAAGAUGUUAUACAGUCCCACCACUAUAAAGGAAUGCUUGCAGGAAUGGGAGGCUUUGGAGAAAGACUAUCAACAGGUCCAGGAGACUCACCGCCUGUACCGACAGAAGCUGGAGGAGGUUUCCAAGCUGCAGGACAGCUGCUCGGCUUGCAUCACCAGGCAGAAGAAGAAGCUGAAGGAUCUGUCUGCGUCGCUGGAGCAAUGCAGAGAGACUUUAAGUCCCGAAGAACUAAGUGCAAUAGAAGAUAUCCAGGACCACAUCAGAGAAAGACCAAACGUCUUCUUUGAAAUGGAGGCCUUUCUCCCAAAAAAGAAUGGGUUGUAUCUCAGUCUUGUUCUGGGUAACGUAAAUAUAACUCUGCUCAACAAGCAGGCCAAAUUUGCCUACAAAGACGAAUACGAGAAGUUUAAGCUGUGCCUCACCGUGCUACUUCUGCUAUUCUCCUUCACGUGCCGCUUCGUCGUUACUUACAGGGUGGUGGAUGCACUUUUUAACUUCCUGCUGGUGUGGUAUUACUGCACCCUGACCAUCCGAGAGAGCAUCCUUAUCAGCAACGGCUCCAGAAUCAAGGGCUGGUGGGUGUUUCACCACUACGUGUCGACCUUCCUCUCGGGCGUCAUGCUGACUUGGCCGGAUGGCAGGCUCUACCAGAUGUUCAGGAACCAAUUCCUCACCUACUCUCUGUACCAAAGCUUUGUGCAGUUCCUGCAGUACUACUAUCAGAGCGGGUGUCUCUAUAGACUGCGAGCUUUGGGGGAGAGACACAACAUGGACCUUACAGUCGAGGGAUUUCAGUCCUGGAUGUGGCGAGGCCUGACCUUCCUCCUGCCCUUCCUCUUCUUCGGUCAUUUUUGGCAGCUCUACAAUGGCCUAACUCUCUUCAGGAUGGCCCAGCUCCCAGAGUGUAAAGAGUGGCAGGUGGCCAUGUGUGGAGCCUCCUACCUUGUCUUGUUCAUGGGGAACUUCUUCACUACGCUUGGUGUGGUCUACCACAAAUACAAGCACAAUCGGGGCAAAGCUAAGGAACUCUGAGAUCUUCAAAGAGAGUGAUCUUAAUGUAGAACUGGUUCCCUGCACUUUACCAAUGUACCAAACAUUUUUUUAACCAAAGUUCUUUUUAUAUGUCAGUUUGUCCCCAGAUAUUAACACGUUUGUUGUGUAAACAGAAUACAUUUCCCAGUUUUACAGUCUUUUUGCUUGUUUUUUGAGGGUUAAUGUCCAAUACAGCAGGUUUACUCCAAGCUAACUUGUUCAAACCCCUUCUGAGGUUAUAUUUCAGUACCUUCUGACACAAAUCAUGGACUCAGAGCACCUGAAACCAUUUUGCAUUACGUUGUUAGUACCUGCAAAACUAUGGAAGAAGCUGAACAGUGUAUAUUACUUUUGUAUUGUUUUUACAAAGGCCUUAUCCAGAUGAUGAAUACGGACGCUCCAUGGGUUACGAUGGUCCGUGUUCCGAUAUUUCGACUUUACGAUGGGUGAAUGUUUUUCACUUUCAGUACAUUAUUCAGUAAAUUACACGGGAUAUUCAACAAUUCAUUAUGAAAUGCAGCUUUGACUUAAUGAUUUUGCCCAACUGUAGGCUAAUGCAGCCCUUCCCAACCCAGUCCACGGGGAACCCCAGACAGUCCACGUUUUUGCUUCCUCUCAGCUCCCAGCGCACUUGUACCAGGUAUUCGGUGUUCCUGAUUGGCUGGGAGAUCGGAGGGAGCAAAAACGAGGACUGGGUUUGGAAACACUGGGCUAAUGUGAGUGUUCUAAGCAUGUAUUUAAGGAAGGCUAGGCUGUGAUGUUUGUUUGGUUAGGUGUACUGUAUUAAAAUGCAUUUUCACCUUACGAUAGGUUUAUCGUAACGUAACCCCAUCGUAACCUAGUUGUACAUUGCAUUAUAUUACUGCACUGUGCUGUCACAAAAGUUCAACAACUUCAGUUAAAUGGUACAGCUAUUUUGUGCCCAUAAUGAGUUGGUUGUAUGGUGUAAUUUUAAUUGGGUGUUUAAACGUUUAAUGUGCAAGGUAAACCCACCACAACAAAAUCUUAUUGUCCACUCUUGUAUACCACUGAAACAGGUGAAUGUAUUAAACAGAAUGGCCUUUUUAAAAGGAAAUUGCUUACAUUUUAAUGAUUUAUGUUACGAUCAUAUUCAGUUUCAUGAUCUAACAUGAGUAAAUACGUUAUGGAUGUGUUCGUGCGUUUCAAGAAAUUUGAAAGUUCUACUUGUGUAUCGUGUUUAAUGUCGGGUAAUGAUGUCAUUAUGAGGAAAUCGUACCAAUUGCAGUCUCUCUUCAGCUGUGUACCUUGUGGGCGUGUUUUUAUGCCUCUUGUUUUUUAAGGUGUGUUUCAUUUUAUUGCUGAUUAGGUCACUUAGUAAUAGGCUCAGUGAAGCUCCAUUCUGAAAUUUGUACUUGUGUUAUGUAAAACUCUGGGGGAAAAAAAUGCAAAUGAGCAUAUCAUUGGCUAAAUUAUUAAAACAUUUCACUGAGGUUGGUUCUCUUUCUGAACAGAACUGUAUUGGAAAUGCAUUAAAAUGUCAAUAUGUUGCAGUA